ACUGAGCAUGCUCAAUGUAUGAUCACGUAAAAUGGCGCGUACUGUGAAACUCAGAGGAGGUUUUGAAUAUUCGAACAUUUAAUCGGAAUUAUAUAAUAAUUUAGCAACUCAGUAUCGAUAGAAAAAACCUGAUGGCAACCCUUAUACAAAAUGGAAGUGAAGAAAUUCAGGAAAACAGAGAUCAUCGGAGCGAAGGUGUCCGUAAUGUUGUAGAUUUGACAAGGGGCACCAGUGAUGAAGUGCAAGACAUGGAAAUAGAGACGAACAACGAACAACAAACUCUGAAUCAGGCUGAAAACACAAGCACACAGCCAGUGAGAGAUGAAAAUACUACACCAGAUGACGUUCACGUGCAGGUGCUACAGCAAAAUGCGACUCCUGUAGUUGGAAGAACUCUUCAAGUCUUGGAGAGUUUACCGGUGAAUUCUCCUGAUGAAUUUCAAAACAAGGCUUCGAAAUCUUCUAAGAUAAAGUCUUCAAAGGCUAUAAAGUCACCCCUAAAAUCACCCGAGAAAGACGACGAUGUAAGUUUAAUAGGAGCCAUUUGUUGUUGCCAAACACUCAGAGAAUUUAAGUACAUUUAUCUCUUCCUGUCCGAGCCUAAAUGAUGGAUUGCAGAAGCCCAGAGUCCGUGACUUCUGAUAGAGUUGUAGUUUCUCCCUCUAAACAGUCUUAUGUUUGCUUAUGAAAAAGCAGGAGAAGCUCAAUGCAUGCACCUAUUCAUCUUUAAGGAAAUACUAAUCAUGCUGUUCCUUUUAUUAGUCGCAGUGUUGUCCAAUUUGUUUUGAACCCUGGUCAAACUCAGGUUCACACAGACUCUCCUCACUUAGCUGUGGACAUUUGUUUGGAAGAAGGUAAAUACAUUUAAGAUUGUUGAGCAUGAGGGUAAAAAUCAGUCUAUAAAGGUCACAUGCAAAAUAUCAGGCAAUUUAACCUCAAGAAAAAAUAGCCCUGGUUGGAGGAAUAAUGAUAUAUUAGUAUAGUAAGCAGGCUGAGGUCGCUCCCUCCAGUGUUGAAUUGUGAAUGGAUUAGCAAGCACGAAAACAAUGUUAUAGACUAAUCAUAUGGAAUUGUGUUCUGGCCACAAUACCUUUAAUCUCACUGCUGGCUCAACACUCUCUCCCAUGAGAGCCAAUGUGAAACCAAGACAAGAAAAUGGUGCAACACUCCAUCACAAGAGCUUGCUUACCGGGUGGUAAAAGGGUAAUUCACUCCACCUAAAUCUAAACUAUUUGCUUGACUUUAAAGUUACAAAAAUUGUAGUUAGGAAACACAUUUCGCACAUUUUGUUUUUGCCAUUUUCUCAUAUGUUAACUACUGAGAAAGACAGAAAUGAUGAUAACACAAAGAACUGAUAGGAGUAAAUUUUCCAGUCAGUAGAUGAUGGAGUAAAAUCCUGGGGGAGGGGGUACUCCUGGGAAUUCUUGGUUCUUGGUGGGGGUGUGCUGCCUGGUCCUCCAAAUCCUGACCCUAUUUAAGACCAAAAAAGGUCAUUUUCCACACCCAUUUUGCAGACAUACCUUAUUAUCGGAAAUUAACGCUCCAUGAAAUUAAGGUAUAAUUGGAAAUUAACGCGACUUAAAUUAACGCGGAUUUAAUAAAAAACGACUUUCGAAUAAAGAAAAUUAAUGCGAAAGAGGAGGUAGAAUUUCAUAAUAAAGGAAAUUAACACGAUUAAGACACAGUUGGUGGUGACAACUGGAACAAAUUCAUUUCAACACUGGAUGCAAAAAAAUUCAAAACUGGACAAAACUGAGCUAACAUCACUUCUGACAGCGACAACGAUGAAGAUGAACUCGAAAUAAUUGUAAACCUGCGCCUUAGCUUUUGUGAAAGAUGAAAAAUAAAGGGUAAGUGGAAAGAAAGAAAUCUUGUAGUUAAUGUUUUUUAGGUGUUAAGAAUGUCUGGAUAGGUUCCAAAAUUGGGGUUAAUAUCCCGGGUUAAAAUACUGGAAAUUAAGAGCGCGGAAAUUAACGCUGCACUUAAUUAAUGUCACGGAAAUUAAUGCUCAACAAAAUUAAUGCGACUUAAAUUAACGCGAAUUUUAACGAUUUGCGUUAAUUUCAUGGAGCGUUAUUUUCCUAUAAGAAGGUAGCCUCUAAAAUGCAUACCUGUUUGCAGACUUAGAGGUGGGCACAAAACGCAACUUGCAUGUAUACGUGGAAGAGAAAUUAUGUCAUCAUUGCUGAGAUUAAAACUGUAAAAAAAAAAGGAAUUCAUUGCGAAUUCCUAUAUCACUCUUUCUUUCUUAUAUAUUUGGAAUUUAAAAGACGAACGUAUUGAUACACAACCAUAGUUCCUUUGUAAACCAUACCUGAUUACAGACCAAAAUGGGCAAAAUCUAUUCUCGUUUUCAGACCAAAAUGGCACAAAACCCCCUACCCUUUAGAGCAGCACAUACCUAUUUGGCUUAUAAAAGGAAGUACUCCCCUCCCCCUGGGAGUAAAAUGCUCCAGUCAGUAGUUAUUCAGUUUCUAUCAAGCAAUUUUUAUGUACUUGGGUAGUUGACCUAUGGAUUCUAGGUUUGAGCUGAAUCCAGGGAUCAACAUAGUUUUAUGCUGCGGGAUAUCAGGACUAUUGGGGUCGAUUUGCAAGAUGAGAUCAGUUGGCAAAAAUGUUCUUUCUUAUGACUCUGUGUGAAACAACCCUGCUGGAAAAUACACACAAACUGGAUAAUGAAAACAUGGAACCUGUCUAUCGAAAUAGUCCAGUUGUAGUUUGUUUACCUUUGGUCAAGUUAGGCUGGUUGCUGAAAACAGAUGGCUGAAAGGAACACUCAACACUUAGCUCAACCAUGGAAAAUAUACCUGAACCUACUGCGUACAAGCCCCCUAGUUAUAUCUGAUGAUGAGCACCCUCCUGAUAAGAAUUAUUAUAGGCCCCCCUCUAACUUGUAUUGUAACAAAGUUGAUUUAUUAUAAUAUUGUUUUGACCCAGUGGCCUCCCAAACGUGCAGUGCUGUUUGUAGAGCAAUCACUAAUGGAUGCAAUUGUCACAUGAUAAUUUAUUAAUUUUAUAUUAUUAUAUCAUUAGUGAACGCAGUGUAUGGGAGUAUGUUUGACCUGAGGAGACUGUGAAGCCGCCAGUUGGUAUUAAAAUGUUAAUUUCCUCAUAUCUUUUCAACAGUUGUAUUGAAAGAUGGUUAAAGGCAAAAGGAGGAAAUGACAAAUGUCCACAGUGUAAUGCACCAGCAAAGAAGAAAGACAUCAGAAACAUUUACACCAAAGCAAUAAAGUCUAUAGAUACAACUGAACGCGACAGGGCACUUGCAGAUUUGGAGAAAGAGAAAGAUGCUCGUCAGAAAGCAGAGGAACGGGAAGCUCGAGCUCUCUUGCAAUAUCAGUUGGCUAAAUCAGAGUGCGAAAGAAUAACAGCUCAGCUUAGGAAACAAGAGCAACUGGUUUUAAAUUUACAGACACAAAGGCAAGAAAUAACACUGUCAUAUUUUUUUCAGUAUGACCUACAUGUAGGUGAAUGUAUUUUACUGACCAGGGCUCGAAAUUGUGACUAAUACGGUCGUCUGAAUGUGACUACUGUAACAUUUUUCUCCUUGGCAACUAAAAAUUCUGGGUUAGUCGGCACUUUGGCAACCAGAUUUCUCUAUGAUCUAGAUUUAACUUUAAAGAGUAAAGUUAAACAAACAUUUUAUAUUAUUUUGCUUUGCUUUCAUCAUAAAAAAUAUGCCAAAUUGCAUAAACAAAGCCAGUUUACCUCGAAAUUUAUACGGACUUUUGUCGGUGAUAUUUUCAAUCAAUCAAAUCUGAUGGAUAGUGCCAUACUAUGAGAUGGGUCAUUUAAAUUAUACAAACUGGCGACUAUAUGCAUCUGGUGACUAUAUUUCUCCAGUUGGUUGCCAAAAGGCAACCUGAGGAUUUUUUUAAUUUUGAGCCCUGCUGACAAUGUUAAACUUGUGUGUGUACAGGCUGUUGUAAAAAUACCUUUGUAAUUAACAUUUUCCUCUUUUUGGCUGAAGGGAAACUACAUUAUUGUAUACCCCAACCCUCACCACAAGAAAGACUGAGAGGUAUAGGGUUACAAACCCCAGUGCACGUACACCUACAUGUGACUCUGAACAAAAUCCUUCUAAAAGCUACAAAUUUCAUUGAAAUAGAUUGUCUUUGCUUUUACUUUUGACUUCAAAGUCUAUAAAACACUUGCUGUAUUAAAUUACAGGUCACUGCUCUGCAGUAGAUGCAAUUCUGAAACUGAAGGCACAUCAGGCGGUAUAAGAACAUAUGGUCAGAGCACUGCAAGUCAGAGCUCACUAUUGCAGAACUCUUAUGUCCUUCAAACCUCCUUUCAAAUUGCACAGGUACAGUUUACUUAUUUUGAUUAGGUUAACUGUAUGCUAUGAAUGAGUAUGCUGCCUUUUCAGUACAAAUUUAUAAGAUUGUGUUACAGGUCAAAAUUUUCUUAACCUAGGUUGAUUCUCUACUUCCUUUGUCUCCUACAUGUAGUCCUAAUUCAUGAAUAGUGAAUGGCGUAUACUUUUUAGUUUGAUUUUCAAUUUUUUCUGGAUUGAGCUAAUUAUUGGUAGACUGACUUCUUUUGAGAUGACAAAAAUUGUUCUGUAUUUUUAAAGCUGAUUUCUGUUUUGUUUCUCAAAAAAUUAAAUGCUGUUUUAUUAUUAUUAUUAAGACUACAGUGAAACCUGUAUUAAGCGGACACCCUCGAGGAAUACUGUAGUGUCCGCCUAAUUCAAGUUUCAAUAGAUAAUGUCAUAUGAGGUGUCAAAUGCCAUUCAAAUGAACAGUGGAAAUGUUUAGAAUACUCCCAGAGACGAUGACAAUAUAAUUAUGUUUGCAUUAAAGUGGACCAAUUGAUCAUAGUACAAACUCAAAUUUGAAGAAAUCAGGUGAGUGAAACAAGCUCUAUACAAACAAAACGAAAUAGAAAACAAUACUGUACUGUGAAACUUAUCAAAUAAGUUAGUCAAGUCACGUUUUUUUACUGUAAAAAUCGAAAAAUAUUUGUGGGUGGCAAUAUUUUUCAUUUCCGGUGUCUAGCAUAUUGGGUGUUGGAGUUUAAUAAUACAAUAGUCCGUUUGAUACAGGUUGGCAACAAUAGAAAUGACCAUUUCAGGUUCUUUUUAGGUGUCCAUGUCCGCUUAAUAGAGGUGGCUGCUUAAUAAAGGUUUCAUUUAAAGUAAAUAAGGGAAAUAAAUUUGGGGACUUCUGGUACUGUCCGUUUAAUAGAGGGUGUCCACUUAAUAUGAUGUCUGCUUAAUACAGGUUUCACUGUAAUAUAGGUCGUAUAGCCCUGCAAGUCUACAUAAUUGGCAAUUGCUUCAGCUCCACAUCAGAAUGGAGAGUUCCACAUACAAGCAACAUUUGCAAAGAAAGAGCAAAGUUAUGGCCGUGAGAACGUUUACGGGGGUUUUUAAGGGAUAGACCCCAUGUAUUAUUAUUAUUAUUAAUUUUUUAACAGUCAUGAGUGAAGUGAUUUACUCUUAAAUAAUUUCCCUUUACAGAAUGGUUUAAGAGUGCUUACAUUUGACAGACAUCAUGCCAUGUUGGUGGUAUCAAAACCGUCACCCAACAAUCUUUUUCCCGGCUUUGGCAUUGUAAAGGUAAAGUUAAAUAUUAGCCUCCAAAUUGUCAUUGUGUGUCUCUCAAAUUCAUAGGUUUGCAUUAUCUGCAUAUAAAGGUUUGCUUGUAAUGUACAUUACAGAGCUUUGCUGGUGUCUUGUGCAGUUAAACCUUAACUGGAGAGGGGUCCACCAUUUUACGUGGUCAUCUGAGUCAUGCCAAUUUUGUCUGGUCCCGGGAAUCAAACGCGCAACCCCCUGCUCUGCAGUCAAGCACUUUACUGACUGAGCAAAUUUUCAAGAACAUACAUGUAAUUCUGUCCAAUUCAGGUGAGCUCUUUGGACUCCAAACAUUGUGAGUUUGUGCGGAUUCACCAGAAGCCUCUGCGUGAUGUAGCAUUCAGUUGCCGUGGUGAUGGCUUACUGCUGACAGCUGGAAUGGACAAGACUGUCAGAGUCACAAGUAUGCUGAGCAACGCUGUUGUACAGACGUAAGUUAAGAAAAAUUGUGCUUUACUUUCAUCGUCAUUAAACUACAUGAUUGUAUAGUGUAGCUAUUAGAGACCUAAUACCACUCUUGUUUCUAUUUUAUAUUAAUGACUUACCAAAUUGCUUAGAUCAUAGUAUAGGAAGGUCAUUUUCUUAUGAUACAAAUGAAACGUUCUCUGCCAUGGAUUUAUCAAUCCUUCAGACUGAAAUGAGCAAUGACCUUAACAGAAUUUUUAAUUGGCUCAGCUCAAAUAAACUCACAUUGAAUAUUCUAAAAACAGAUUUUAUGGUGAUAGGUUCUCGGCAGAGAAUUGUAACAUUAGCUGGAAAUAUUUCAUUAGGUGGGAAGGGUUUAACGUUACAAAAGGUCAAAAGUACAAAGUGUCUUGGUCUCACUAUCGACCAAUUUCUUACUUGGAGAAAUCAUUUACUGUGUCAGACAAAAGGUGGGGUGUGGCAUUAGAAUUCUUAAGACGAUUAGGCCUUUUGUUGGUUUGGAGCACCUCAUAAACGUAUACAGGUUUAUUAGUUGAGCCUUAUUUUACCUAUAGUUGUAUUGUUUGGGAUAGUAUUGGCGAAACGUUGGUAGACAGUCUUCAAAAGUUGCAAAAUAGGGCCGCUUGUGUUAUUACAGGUGCUAAUUUUCAUACUCAAAACAUUCAGCUGAUAUUCUGCAUGAACUUGGGUGGCUCUCACUUAGUGAAAUGAGACAACAUCAUAUGGCAUUAGUGAUGUUUAAAGUAAAUCAUGGGCUCUGUCCCUCUUAUUUGUCUGACAUGUUUGACGUUAAUACAAGCUGGCUCAGUUAUGACCCUCGCUCUUCUGGAAUGAAUUUAAUAGUGCCAAAAGCAAGAACAAACUAUUUUAGGAAUAGUUUUGCUUCUGCAGGCGCUAAGCUCUGGAAUUCUCUUCCUUCCAGUUUAAAGGAAGAGACUUCUUUUAAACAAUUUAAGGCUAAGAUCAGGUCGUACUUGCUAUCUACACAAGCCUCAUAACUUAAGGUUUUUAUCAUUAGGUUUAAGAUUGUGUACGAUCUUUCUUAAUUUAGUUUUUAGAUAUAUAUCUAUAUCUUUAUGUAAGUUAAAUAACGCACAGCUUUUAGGUAGAACAGAUGCUUUAUGUAAAGUUAUUUGAUAAAAUUACCGUGGGCAAAUAAAGUUUUCACUCACUCACUCACUCACCGUACGAAACUAUGAUGGCAAUGGGAAUGCCUAAAACACAGUUUCAGUUUGUUUUUUUUUGCCAGACAAAAAAAUACAUAUGCAUACAGACAUUCAAUAUAUUACAAAAAUGUUAAAUAUUGUAAGUAAAAGAAUUAAAAGUAUUUUUCUUUUUUUUUAUAAUAAGCCUCAAGGUUUCUAUUUGAGCUUCCUCGCCAGAAAAACACUUUUAAUUCUUUUACUCACAAUAAUUAACUUAAUUAUUAUGAGCUAAGACUAAAUAUAAUGAAUAAAUUAGCAGCAAAAUCAUACUGAAAUAUAAUGACAUGAUAAGUAUGUAGUUCCUAGGUUGUUAUAGUUUUACUGUAAAUUAUUAAUUUUAGCUAUAUAUUUGUAUCUAGUGUCACCAAUUAGCUCCAUUAGAAUACUCUUGACAUGUAAAUAAAGUUCAUCAUCAUCAUAGUGUCGCCAUUGUCAUAAGUCCUUAUAUUACUGGAAUGUACAGUGUAACUGGUAGCAGCAAUUUAUCAUAUCAUUUGCAUUUACAUUGAAGUUUAAAAUUUGAAGAUCCUUAAUACAGGCCAGUAAUAACAAUAUCAGUAAUAGUUAUUUGUCCUUGUUUUGUUUUGAUCAGGUGGAUAUCUCCAAAUAAAAUUGGUUAAUGAUUUCUAUUAACCAUUCAAUCAUUGAUUUACAAUAACAAGAACUAAUGAUCAAUGUUUGCUCAAUUUUAGUUAUAACACACCAGCCCCAGUCUGGUCUUGUGCCUGGAAUGAUUAUGAUACCAAUUAUAUCUACUGUGGCCUGCAGAAUGGCACUUGUUUGAUAUUUGAUGUCAGAAAUACAGACACUUAUCUAAAGAGUCUUCAGAAUGCAACUGGAGGCUCCUGUCCUGUCAUCUCUGUUGCUCAUGUGUCACCUGACCCAAAUGGUGAUCUGAGGUAAUGUUAUUGUACUAUCAAAUACUGUUAACACUGUAGCAAAGAAAAAUACAUACAAUUCUAACAAAUCAACAACAAUUUUCCACAGUCCGUCUUGUUGUUGACCAAAGAAAUGAUUUCAAUGUUCAAAACCCAAGUGAAACUGCGAGUGGUUUCACUGCAAUGUUUUGAACAUUUUUAUAUCAUUUCUAUGGUCUAUAAGAGUACAGACCAUGGAGAAUUGUUGUCGAUUUGUUUUUUGAAAUAACAAAUGAUUGGCAAUUUUGAUGUCCAUUUCAGUGUAACUUUCUUGGAAAAUUAUGUGCUCUAGAAAAACAAAUUGCACCACCAUCACAUUAUUUCCAUGGCCUGUACUCUUAUCAAACAUAGCUCUCAAUAAGCAUGCAAGAAAUCUCCCAGUUAUGGUAAAAAUUCAGAUUCUGUCAUGGUGAGAUACACUGUAAUCAUGACUGUUUAAAGUAAAGUAAAUUUCUACACUUUGUUCAUUACUAAGGUUUGAUGAUAACAUUAACAUUUACUUUACUUUUAUAGCGCCAUAUUCAUUGCUGUCCUAUAGCGCUUUACAACAACAAUUAAUUUUUUAAAAAAUAAAUUAACUACAAUGCACUGUUUAAACAUUUUUAAAAAGCUAUGCGUUAAAAAUAACAAUAUUGUUAAAAUGAAUAAAAUUGAAUAAAUAUUGUUAAAUGAAUAAAUAUUGUUAAAGUAAUAUCAAUAAAUUCACAGUUAAUGCUGGAACUGCUUAGCGACGGUAGCGGGCAUAGGACUUGCACUUCAACUUUGACAGUCAACGGCCAACGCACGUACCAUACAGGUAUCAGUUCACGUUGCAAAGUCCAAGCUGGCGGUCGCCGCCAAAGUCAGCUAAAAAUAAACAAUAAACUUUUCAUUAACACCGUCGGCGAAAAAAAGAGCACUCGUGGUAUACACAUCUUGCCUGUAUACUCUUGUUUGAAAUUGAAGACAACGCUUAACUUAAUUGUUAACCGCAACGCCUUGUUUAAAACGACAUGAAACUUGUUUUUUGUACAAUUGUUGAAGCUUAUAUUUCCGAACGUUAGUUUGUGUUCGAUUGGCAAAAGUUUAUGUAGUAGGCGUCGAAGGGGGUAAGGUAAGGCAGGCUAAAGUUUUGGAUGAGUUCGAUUACCGAACCCAGUCGAAGUCAAUCGAACGAUUGGAGUUCAAUUGAGUCGGGUUUUUAAGUCUUCUGCUACAAAGACACCCUGUUUACGCUAAAUAGUGAAAUUAUUUACCCUGGUAGACUCGAGACCUUGAGAACCAAACCCUAUUAAGUGACACAAACCCGCUUAGGCCAAAUAUGGGAGUGCCUACGGGUUGCGAGGGAAGGUUGACAUUGGAAAAUCCGGUUAGGAUAUCUGAAUCUGGGAAAAAGGGAAGGACUCAGGACCAGUGAAAGUGCUCGUAAGCGACCACCUAGGUAAUUCAUCAAAGCUAUAGCAUGGACAGUUUCGACUGUAGUUCCCUUCACCUCUUCACGCUUUCCAGCAAGAUCGGGAAAUGUUUAAGUCUCCUGUAAUCUGUCUCUUCCAAGGUUUCCCUUAAUGUAACAUUUACCGUUCAUUUUAUCAAAUUAAUACAUUGCAACUAUCUUUCAGCUAAUUUGAUUUGUGUGAUUGGAGAUUGCAUGAAAUGGCCUAAAUUUGUAUUGUGUUCUUGGUUGCUGUUAUGGAACCAAUUUUUUAGGUUCUGUGUAUGUCCACUCUAUCUCCUUGUAGGCCUGGAGGAAUACUUGCGUGCAAGUUGGAGGGUGCGUCAUUCUGGGAAAAAACCCCUGGAGCUGAUUACCUACCACAUCAACUGACACUGCCUGAAGGUACUUGGAAAGCAGAUUGAAGGUUUUAGCACCUAAUCAAUGUAACAUUUCAUCUUUACUAAUGAAUAAUUUUAGAGUAUGUAUGUUGUAGUUCAAUUUGCACUUUGUCCAAAUCUCAUGUUGGCUGUUGUUUCAGGGUAUUAUCUAAACUUGUCACAUUUCCUUUUUUUUCUUUUUUUUUUUACGGUUUCAAAAUGAAUGUAAACCUUAUUCUAUUCCCUUGUGCCAUGGAUGUUUGUUGACACCUCACCUGCAUUAUUUAAAAGAAGAGCUUCUCUUCUUUCUUUUUUCUAAUGUCUAGAAGGUUCAAAGCAUGCAAAUGUCAAUUGUUCAGGUCUAGAACUUAUUUGCUUAUGAUAACAUUCAUAUAUCCCAUUCAAUGUUCAGGUGGAUACCGUAAAAAUUAGAAAGUAGCAACGCCUCAAAAGUAGCGACCCUAUAAAAGAAACAAUAACAUUCCACAAUUCCACAGGUGUUAGCUUAUCCUGAAGGUAGUGAUCCCCCCCCAUGAAAAAACCAUCUGCUGAAAAAGUAGUAACCUCAUAACUAAUUUCCCUUUUUACAAAAACCAAUGGAUAUGAUAGAUAUCCUGAACAAGCUAUGGCAAACUGAUCCAAGGUUUGUAAUAUAUAAUUUAUGAUUGUAAUGAUCAUUGAUAUUCCUAUUCAAAGGACAAUACAUAACUCUCAAAGUUUGUGAUGACAAUUACCUCUUUUUCAAAAAGUAAUCCCUUUCACAUUUUUAGUGGGUCUAUUACUGUAAGUUCGAACUGCCCCUGAUGCAGUGUUCUCCCUAAAGUUUAGCUCAGGAGGUAAGGGACAAUUGAUAGGCGGUAAGUAAAAAAAUAUGCACCAGAGGUGCACUUUCCUAGGUGCAGGGGGGUAAUGGAGUGCAGGACAUGGCCACGCCCUCGCUGGGAAAUUUAGAAGCUAAGUUCUCUGAAACAUCAUUCCCUCAUUUUAAAACCUAUUUUAUGCAAAUCAGCAGUUGUUACCUUUACCCAACAAUUGAAAAUGAUUGAUUCCAAUGAUAAAUUUUACUCUGUCUUCAAUUUUCUCUUUCCAAAAUGCAUGGCUGUGGUGGUAAAUUUUACCGUUUACCGCCUGAUAAGGAGAAUACUGCCCAUGUGGAUCAGUACAGGUUUUAUUAGCUACCCAUAAGUGGCGACCCUCCGAAAGUAGUGCCAAGAGAAGGCUUUAGCUGAAUACGAAGGUAACGAGGGUUGUUACCUUUGGAACUUUAUGGUAUAAUAUGGGUUAAAUGUUUGCACAUAAUUUAUUUACCUGCAUUUAAUUUUAAUUUUGAAUGUGAUUUUGUGUUUAUUCUAGGAUCCUGUACAAGUCUGUCAUUUGAACCAUCAACUCGACACUGUAUGUUCUCUCUUCGCCCUUCCAAGAACUUUCAACAUACGAGACAUUUGGUAUGUCUGUUAACAUUGAUCAAACAAGACAACAUUCCACCAUACAGAGUCAAACCAUCUGAAUAUAAUAUUAUUGUAUAAUAAAUAGAUGAUUAAUUUUUGAAUUGUGGUUCAUUUUCUUUAGGUUUGCCAGUUACAAGGAAAUGGCAUAGGUGUGUCUACAGCUCGGGCUGAAGCUGAAAGAUCUGCAGAUGCAGAGACCACUGACCAGGGUAUGUAAGACUUCUUGGCCUUUUCAUUUCUUAUAGCCCUUGUUCAAAAGGAUAUUACAACAUACAGAAAGAAGAACUUGAUUACGUGAUAUGACCCUUGUCAUACAAAAAAUGGCAAAUUAAGGGUCCCUUCAAAUGCGCCCAGUAGAACAGACUGGCCUGCUUACUGGGACAAAUUUUGCCUUGGGUUCAUAUAAGACAUUUUAGCCCAGGAUUCAAGUUGAGAAAAAGCCAAAGAUCCUGGGGACGAGUUCUGGCACAAAAUUCAAGAAACAAAGCAAACGUGGCAAAACACAAAGUUAUAACUUUCCAGCCUAUCAUAGCUUUGGCAACUCUUAUGGCUGAAUAGGAUUCACCCCACUCUCAUCCUGGUAACCAUGAUGAAGUGUGCAUAAGGCAAAAUUUUCCAGCCUGCUUACCAAGAUCACUGACAGAAAAACAGAGAUCUUGGGAACUGAGUCAGCCUGCCCUCUGAUAUGAACACAUCAAAUAUUUACCCGGGAUUUAGCGGUAAGGCAAUAUCUUGGAAACUGAUCCAGCCCAGCUGUCAACCAGGUUCACGUAAAGAGGCCCUAAAUAUCUUCAUAGACAAUCCAUGCAGUCUGUACUUAGGAUACUAAAGACUUGAAUGUAGACUGCAAACCAGUCUGCUCUUUCUCAAACUCAGUUUUUUGAUGUACCCACAUGGGAUUUUCGCCUGUAGGGCAUGUGAUGCGAAAGAAAAAAAUGUGUUUCUCUUAACUUGAAUUUUACUAAAAGUAGAAGGCAAUUCAGCAGGAAUAAAGGCUGUUAAAAAGAAAGAGGCUUCUUUGAAAAAUGGACAAGCACUCCAAUAGUGACUCAUUUUUUAAAAAUUUAUUUACUUGACAGAAGCCAGUCUUUGUACAUGUCAACUCAUCAAUCAGUGUGUGGGUGGC